AUGGGCUUUUCGCUGGACUCGCCACCCUUGGCCGCCUCGACGGUCAAGUUCAGAAAUAGGGUGCCGACGCAGGUGCAGAGGUACCUCCGACUGUACUUGGGCUGUGUUUGCAUCUUCUUGAUCAUACUUAACACCGACAUAUUCUAUGCCAUCCCCUUCAAGUGGGAUAUAUUCUGGGAAGAGGAGGCAUCACAGCAACCUCUUCCUCCAGGCAGCUCGUUCCCGCAAAAGAUAUGGCAAACGUGGAAAAUUAACCCGCUGGACUUUGAAGAGCGCGACUCGACCAAUGCGCGGACGUGGCUGGAAAAAAACCCGGGGAUGCGGUAUGAGGUUCUCACUGACGCCAACGAGAUGGCCUACGUCGAAGCGCACUUCGGCCCCGACGGAUUCAACCGCCCAGACAUUGUCCAAUUCUACCGGACUAUCAAUUUGCCCAUCAUUAAGGCAGAUAUACUCCGGUACAUGAUCAUGUACGCUGAGGGUGGCGUAUACGCUGAUAUCGACGUCGAAGCGCUCAAGCCUGUCCACCGCUUUAUCCCAGAGCGCUACGACGACAAGGAUAUCGACAUCGUUGUCGGAAUCGAGAUUGACCAACCAGAAUUCGGCAACCACCCCAUCCUAGGCAAGAAAUCACAGUCUUUCUGCCAGUGGACUUUUAUUUCGCGCCCGCAGCAACCCGUCAUGUUACAACUCAUAAACAACAUCAUGUCAUGGCUGAAGGGUGUCGCCAAGAAGCAGGGUGUGCCCUUGAGUGAGGUCCAACUCGACUUCGAUCAGGUCAUCAGUGGCACGGGGCCCUCGGCUUUCACAAUAGCGCUGCUAGAGGAGAUGAACAAGAAGUCGAACGGGCCCGAGGUCACCUGGGACAUGUUCCACAACAUGGCCGAGUCCAAAAUCGUCGGCCGUGUGCUGGUGCUGGAUGUUGAGGCUUUCUGCGCGGGACAAGGUCACUCCGACUCGGGUAACCACAAUGCCCGCGGCGCUCUGGUGAAGCAUCACUAUCACGCCUCGAACUGGCCCAGUCGGCACCCGCGCUACAGUCAUCCGGCUUACGGACAGGUUGAGGCCUGCAACUGGGACCCGGAGUGUGUCCGCCAAUGGGACGAGAACGUUGCGGAGUUUGAGAAGCUGUCUGAAGAAGAGAAAAAGCAAAAGAUUGAUGCUCACAAUGAGGAACAAGAGUAA